GUGCGACAGAAGAUAUAUAGUAUAUAGUACAGAGUGUAGAGUAUAGAGUAUAAAGCGAGGUGAUGUACGAUGUACACAAGGCACGAGCACGAAGUUAGGGUUGCCGCCACAUGUGAGUUCGCACUGGUUGCCGCAUUAGGCAAGGAUGGACGGGUGGAUCUGCCAUUUGCCUUCACUCUUCACAACUUGGACGAUCGUCGCCUCGGACUCUUCGGUCGUCUCAAUCUUCGGUCGGUAUAAUUAACUCCCCUUUUUCCUCGGUCUUUCCCCAGACUUCUCCUCGCCGCCUCGCGACCGUUUCUGUUUUGGGUAGCCGAGGCAUGUGUCUCGCUUCCUCACCCAUUUUCAUGGGUUUUUGCUGUGGUCUAUCAAUCCUUGUAUAAAAAUGCCUUCAUCUCCUCAACAUCACGGUUUAUUAUCGUUAUUGCUUUGUACAUGACUCAUCGUUCUUUACUUAAUUGAUCACAAGGACCAUGGAAGACUUCGACGUUAUCAUCGUCGGUGCUGGUAUCUCCGGCAUCAACGCCGCCUACCGGCUCCAGUCUCAAUAUCCCAACCUGCGAUAUGCCAUCUUAGAAGCUCGCAGCAAUCUCGGUGGCACCUGGGAUCUCUUCCGCUACCCAGGCAUCCGCUCCGACUCGGACCUGUUCACCUUCGGGUUCGAGUGGCAUCCUUGGGACCAAGGUUGUCCCAUCGCCGACGGCCGGCUCAUCGUGCAAUACCUGCACAACGCCGCUGAGAAACACGGCAUCGACAAGAAAAUCCGCUUUCAGCACCAGCUGCUGGGAGCGGACUGGUCGUCCGCCGACCAGAACUGGUCGCUGAGCGUCGACCACGACGGGCAGACGCACUCGCUGACGACGCGUUUCCUGGUCUUCGGCAGCGGCUACUACGACUACCACCGGCCGCUGGAGGCCGACAUCCCCAAUCUAGAGGCCUUCCAGGGGCAAACCAUCCACCCGCAGUUCUGGCCCGAGGGCCUCGACUACGCCAACAAGAAGGUGGUCAUCAUCGGCAGCGGCGCCACCGCCAUCACGCUGCUCCCCAAAAUGGCCGAGAAGGCCGAGCACGUCACGAUGCUACAGCGCAGUCCUACGUACAUCCUGUCGCUGCCCAACAAACGCCGUACCCUGCUCAGCUACUUCCUCCCCACUGGAGUCUUCCGCCGGCUGCAGCGUCUCAACUGGAUGAUCACCUCGCGCUUCUUCUUCCUCUUCUGCCAAGCCCUCCCCGCCGUGGCCCGCUGGUUUCUCCGCCUGAACGUCUCCCGCCGGCUGCCCGCCCACAUCCCCUUCGAUCCACACUUCCGCCCACGCUACAACCCCUGGGAACAGCGACUCUGCGUGUCGCCGGAUGGCGACUUCUUCCAAAGCCUACACACCGGGCGCGCCGGCGUCAAGACCGACACCAUCCGGCAAGUCACGUCCACAGGCAUUGAGCUGAACUCGGGUGAGACGCUAGACGCCGACAUCAUCGUCACGGCGACGGGCCUGCGGAUGCAGAUCUGCGGCGGGGCGUCGCUGACCGUCGACGGCAUCCCGCAGCAUAUCCCGGAGAAAUACCUCUGGCGCGGCAUGAUGUUGCAGGACGUGCCCAACGCCUUGUGCAUCAUCGGCUACACUAACGCCUCAUGGACGCUGGGAGCCGACGCCACCGCGCAGUUCCUGGUACGACUGAUACGCGAACUCGACGCGCGCGGCGCGAAGGCCGCCGUACCGCGACUCGACGGUGCGCAGCGCGAAUCCAUUCAGCCGCGCCCGCUGCUCAAUCUCAAAUCGACGUACUUGACCCGUGCCGAGCGCGAUCUGCCCAAGGCGGCGGAUCGGGGCCCCUGGGUGCCGCGGGACAAUUAUCUGGACGAUAUCAAGUUCGCACAGAAGGGGCGGAUUGACGAGUGUAUGGAGUUCACGGGGGAGACGAAGAAGCUGUUGUAG